AUGGCCGCUUCUAAGGUGUGUCUCGUGUUGGCUAUCUUGUGCGUCUCGACAAACGCAAGGUUCGACCAAGAAAGCUUCAAAUCCCCUGCCGAUCGUAACUAUCCGUGGAUUCGUCAGGACUUCGGUUCCUCCGUGGAUUCGCCGUCUUUCAGUCGUUUCUCAGAAUUGAAAAAGAGACAGUCAGCCGUCGAUUCCACCGAGCCUUUCCACGAAUCGAAGGAAUGGUUCGCCGCUAAGAAGAUACCCAGAGAGAACAAGAGCUUCAAGAAGUUGGUGUCUCCGUUUUACACAAUCACGGAGAAGGAUGCUAAGAAGUACAGAGACAUCGCGCUCAAGUCUGGCUUGCCCUAUUGUCAGAAGAUAAAAACGAAACGGUCCGACAGCAACGCGAAGGACAGCAUGGUUUGUUACAAAUGCAAGAACCCUAAGAACGGAUCCACCUACGAGCAAUGCGUCUACGUUUCUCAACCAUUGACCGACUCCAGCGACCUCGACGACGUCGUCGCGACCCCGUCGGGCUUCAGGAGCAAACGAUCGAACUCUGGCGAGGAAUUUUCCGGUUUCAAGGGCUCCGAUAAUUACAGGGAUCACGGCAGCCCGUACAGAUUCAACGAGAAGCUGUUCUCGGACGCAACGGACUACGUUCCAGCGGAAUACAAGAACAAGGACGAGAGGUGCGAGAAAGUCGUGAGGGACUCGAUGGUUUGCAUGGUGUGCAAGGACACGAAGAGCAACGGCAAGUACGAGCAGUGCUCCUACGUUCGACAGCCCAACGAGAAGAAGUACGCGUACAGCAAGUCGAGCUCCUACAAGAAUCCCGAAAGACGAGCGUCGUGGGAGGACGAGGACUCCGAGAGCAAGCCAGUCAGAGAACGCUCGAACCACGAAACGGAGAAACCGGACACACGAUCCCAGGAGGAGUCCAAGGAGUCCAACUGCAAGCAAGUGGAAAAGAACUCGAAGAUCUGUACGGUCUGCAAGGACCCGGACACAGGAGCCAACUAUGAGAAAUGCUCGUACACCUAUCAACCCGACGACAAGGUCUACAAAUUCAGCAGCUCCAAGAGUAUCGGGAACCCACGUUCGUCCAAGGACAGUCCAAGUUACGAAGGUAAAUCUUCGGAGAAGCUAGAACGAGACGACGUGUACAGAAGCGACUACUCGAUCCCCGAAAGCUUCUACGAGAAACGCCAGUCGCCUGGGUCGAGCUCCUACUUCAAGGACGACGAGCCCAGCUCCGACAGCGAGUCCUUCGACUACGAGAAGUCCAGGUCGGAGUCGGAGAAGAUCGCCAAGAGCAUGGAACCGAGCAACUGCAAAGAGGUGCAGAAGGACUCGAUGACCUGCAAGGUGUGCAAGGACCCUAAGACCGGAAGCAACUCCGAGCAGUGCUCCUACAGGUACCAGCCAACCGACAAGAGCUUCUCCUACACCAAAUCCAAGUCCUUUGGCAGCCCCGCGAAAGCUGAAGACAGGUCCUACGACGGAUCGGAGGACAAGGAAAGCAGCGAACCGAAAUCGUCCUUCGAAGAACGAGCCUACGAGUCGAAACCCGAGGCAAGGCAGGAGUCCACGACCAAAUCCGCCCCGAAGAAGAUGGAAGCUGACUUUUACGACGCCUUUAAGAAGAAAGCAGAGAUACAGAAGGUCCUGCAGGAGUUCCAAAAGGAGGAUCGGUCUAAUUGCAAGAAACUGAUGCGCGAUAAGAUGACCUGCUACCAGUGCGCCGACGAGAAAGGCUUCCACAAGGAGGAAUGCGCGUUUGUGACCGCCGACGAACCUGGGGACGACAAAGCGGAGUCCGCGGAGUCGAAGGAGGUCCAGGUGGAGCCUGUUAAGAAGUCCAGGUCGAUGUUGAUCGAGAAACGCGUGGACAAUGUUCCUCAGGACGCAGACGCUUCCGCCAGCGAGAAUGUUUACAGUAAGAGGGAAUUACCUGGGACCAAGAACUCCGAGGAGAAUGAGUCCAAGGAAGCAGAGGCCUACGAGUACGUGGCUGAGACCAGACCCGUCUUCGACAAGGUCCUCGGGCUGACGCUUCCGGCGUACAUGCUGAGCACUUCCGAUCACGAAGAGGAAUUCGACAGGAUCGUGUCCUCCGGUAGAUUUUAA